CUGCCUUGUCUGCAUCUUGCCAUACCUCCACCCCCAGUUGGGGGCCAGGAGUGGGAGAGGAACCUUCAUCUCCUGCCCAGUCCCUGCCUUCCUCACCCUCACUCUCACCCCACACUCCGGGAGGAACAGGAGGCAGGCAGGGUUCUUGCCUACCCGUGGGUCUGGUUCAUGUUUAAAGGACUAAUUUCUGCCUUGUGGGGGUGAGUUAUCUCCUUGUGAAAUCAAGUUGGAGAAACAAAAAGAUUUUACCAGGGAGACACAUGUUCCUCCAGGAGAAGGAACGGAUGGGCUCCCUCCCCUCAUUCUGGCCCCGGCCCAGCAGCCUCCCUGGGUUGCUGGAAUGCCUGACUUGUCUGUAGGGCCCUGCAGAUGUGUGCGAGAUUUGGGGCAGGCGCUGAAGGCAGUGGCUUUUUCCCUCUGGUUUGGGGGUCAGAGGAAAAGGGCCAGAGAAUGUCGACCCAGGCAGCAGGGAACCAGACCUCCUCCGGGGCCACAGACGACGAUGACUCCUACGGCAGCUGGUACAUCGACGAGCCCCAGGGUGGCCAGGAGCUCGAGCCGGAAGGGCUGGUGCCCUCCUGCCGCUCCAGCGUGCCACCCGGCCUCUACCACGCCUGCCUGGUCGUGCUGUCGAUCCUCGUGUUGCUGUUGCUGGCCAUGCUGGUGAAGCGCCGCCAGCUCUGGCCCCACUGUGGGCACGGCAGGCCUGGGCUCCCCAGCCCUGUGGACUUCUUGGCUGGGGACGGGCCCCGGACCGUGCCUGCUGCCAUCUUCACGGUCCUCUUCAGCUCCCUGUGUUUGCUGCUCCCCACUGAGGACCCACUGCCUUUCCUGACCCUCGCCUUACCACCCGGCCAAGACGGGGAAACUGAGACUCCAAGAGGGCCGUGGAAGAUACUGGCUUUGCUCUAUUACCCUGCCCUCUACUAUCCCCUGGCUGUCUGUGCCACGGUCGGGCAUGGAGCUGCACACCUGCUUGGCAGUGUGCUGUCCUGGGCUCAUCUGGGGGUCCAGGUCUGGCAAAGGGCAGAGUGUCCGGUGUCACCCAAGAUCUACAAGUACUACUCCCUGUUGGCCUCUCUGCCUCUCCUUCUGGGCCUCGGAUACCUGAGCCUUUGGUACCCGGUGCAGCUGGUGAAAAGCUUCAGUCAUGGGGCAGCAGCGGGUUCCAAGGGGCUGCAGAACAACUACUCUGAAGAAUAUCUGAGGACCCUCCUUUGCCAGAAGAAGCUGAAAAGCAGCUCCCACAUGUCCAAGCAGGGCUUCCUGUCCCGGGCCUGGAUCUACUUCAGACACUACAUCUACACUCCACAGCGAGGAUUCCGACUCCCCCUGAAGCUGGUGCUUUCAGUCACCCUGACAGGGACGGCCAUCUACCAGGUGGCCCUGCUGCUACUGGUGGGCGUGGUACCCACCAUCCAGAGGGUGAGGGCAGGGAUCACGACGGACGUCUCCUACCUGCUGGCUGGCUUUGGGAUCGUGCUCUCAGAGGACAGGCAGGAGGUGGUGGAGCUGGUGAAGCACUACCUGUGGGCUCUGGAAGUUUGCUACAUCUCGGCCUUGGUUCUGUCUUGCUUGCUCACCUUCCUCAUGCUGACCCGCUCACUGGUGACACACAGGUCCAACCUGCGAGCUCUGCACCGAGGGGGCGCCCUGGACCUGGGCCCCCGGCCCCAGAGCCCUCGCCCCUCCCGCCAGGCCAUAUUUUGUUGGAUGAGCUUCACCGCCUACCAGACUGCUUUUACCUGCCUUGGGCUCCUGGUGCAGCAGAUCCUCUUCUUCCUGGGGACCUUGGCCCUUGCCUUCCUGGUGUUCAUGCCCGUCCUCCACGGCAGGAACCUGCUGCUCCUCCGGUCCCUGAAGUCCUCAUGGCCCUUCUGGCUGACCUUGGCCCUGGCUGUGACCCUGCAGAACAUGGCAGCCCACUGGGUCUUCCUAGACACUCACCAUGGACGUCCAGAGCUGACCAACCGGCGAGCGCUCUAUGCAGCCACCUUCCUUCUCUUCCCCAUCAAUGUGCUGGUGGGUGCCACGAUGGCCGCCUGGCGAGUGCUCCUCUCCGCCCUCUACAAUGCUGUCCACCUUGGCCAGAUGGACCUCAGCCUGCUGCCACCUAGAGCCGCCACUUUCGACCCCGGCUACCACACAUACUGCAACUUCUUGAAGAUGGAGGUCAGCCAGUCACAUCCAGCCUUGACGGCCUUCUGUGCCCUGCUCCUGCGAACUCGGAGGCCCCAGCCCCGCACGGUCCCCCGCGAUGGCCUCAGACUGGGGGAGGAAGAGGAAGGGAAGCAGUUGCUGCAGACCAAGGACCGGGUGGCCAAGGGAGCGGGGCCCAGGGUAGGCCGAGGCAGGGCCCGCUGGGGUCUGGCAUACACGCUGCUGCACAACCCAGCCCUGCAGGCCUUCCGGAAGACAGCCCUAUCAGAUGCCCCGGCCAACGGUGCCCAGCCCUGAAGGUGGGGGAGACCACCCCGCCUGUGCUGGAGCACUUCCCAUCCUCCCAGCCCACUCCCUCCCCAGCUCUCCCAGAGUCAUCACUCCAGCCCUGGCAGCCUCUCUGCUUGGCACCAGCUCUGUCAGCAGGUCCCGGGGGUUCAGGGCCAGCCGGGGGUUGCUUUGCUUGGGUGGAAGUCUGUCAGCAUUAUGAGCCUCAAGCCUUGGGAAGGCUCUGGUCUGCCCCCUUGACCUUGGGAAGCCAGCUAGGGCUCUGGAGAAAGCAAUCGGUGGUUCAGGCCCUUGGUCCAGGAGCCAGUGGAAGCGGGGCGGCCACAUCCAGGCCCCUCCCCACGCUGGCUCUGCCGCCAGCCUUCGGGCUUCACAGAAGCCUUCUCCCAACCGGGGCUGGUGAUGCAGGCCCGGACAACCUAGGAUUCCAGCUGGGCCCACUCAGCCUUGGAACACACCACCGUGACCAGACACAGCGCUUCCUCUCUCCUGCAGCUUUCCCCGCUCCUCCUGGGGGGGCCCCGUGGCCUGCAAGGCAGCCCAGGAGGAAGCCGUGGGCUCUUACCUGGCAGCAGUCAUGGCUCAAACCAGGCCCCACACUGAGCUGGCCACACUUGAGAGCCUGAUAUUUUUGUAGCUGGUAUGCCUUUAGAUAUGAUGAAAGAGGUUAGUGUGUCCCCUGUAAUAAACU